AUGGAGCAGCUGCCAGGCUCUCUGGAGCAUGGCUUUGAAUUGAUCCUUGGGAAGUUGGAUGAGAUGAUGGCGAAGCUGCUGCCAAGUGACUCAAGUCCUCGGCUGAUGUUCCACAACCUCCAGUGGGAGACACUACUGUGUCCGCCUGUCAUUGGCUUCUUGGUGGGCCUCCUCUUUCUAUGCCGACUUAUUCAGUCUGUUAGAAGUCACUCCUACGAGAACCGUGAGAAGCAGCUGGCAGAAGCACUGGCUGCAGGGAUCGAGGAGAAAUGCCACCUCAUUGACAAGGUUUCUGUAGCUGAGAAGGAGCAUGCAGCAAUCCAAUCAUCUGUAGAAAAGGCCAAACUGGAGAAAGAGUCAUUCGAUAUCCCCAGCCUUGCAGACUCUUACAGAAAGGCGAAGACGACCAACGUGAUGCUGAUGAAGGAACUCCAUUCUCUGUGUCGAGACCUGGAGGAAGAGAGAGCCAAAAGAUUCCAGCAAGAAGAGCAGAUGAUGGAGAUGCUCAAAGACCUGCAGGUCCUAGAAGACAUGAUGACUUUCGCUAAAUCACAAGGAGCUUUUCUGAACCUGCUUGGAGACGAAGAGCCAAGCCCUGCUGCAUCUUUGCCUGGGAAUGGGCCUGGGGCUUAAAGCUGUGCUGUUGCCUCCCUCCACUUCGGCCUCCCACCUGCCAGGCUUUGUUCCUCCUCUUCAACGUCUACCUGUGGGUCAAGGUGGCCAGUGGAUGUAAGGUUCGUCCUCCCCGGACUGAGUUCUUCCAUCUUCACUUGCUAGACACAGCACACAGCUCCUUCACGGUUGACUCCCCCCACGUCUAAACACUAUUGCCUGUCCUGGAACCACACUCAGCACUCUGAGACUUUCUUUGCCUUCGCAGAAUUAUGGACUUUCUUUCAGUAGUACCGAAAGACAUACUUUCCUUAGAAGCGAAUUAUCUUUAACUCUGAUGCCUUAUAUUUCUCAAGUUCUUAUAUUGCCAAGGCUAUUUAUGGUAGUCUUUGAUAGGGGAACU